AUGGACAAGGCCCAAGAUUGGGUGAUUGAGGUCCAGAUAAGUUAUUGGGACGAGCCCAUUAUCAACAGGUCGGAGAAAAAGGAAGAUGUGGUUGAGGAAAAAAAGGAAGAACCUUUGGUAAAAAUUUCCGAACAAGCUCCGGCUAAGGUAGAGGAAGCCAAGGAAGAAGCCGUUCAAGCCGAGACCAAGCCAGCUGAGGAAGCCAAAGAAGAAGCUGAAAAGGAAGCCAUUCAAGCCGAGACUAAGCCGGCUGAGGAAGCCAAGGAGGAAAAAAAGAAUCUCAGUAUCAUCAGCCAAUGCACCAAUCACCCAAUAAACCAUGCUCUGAAACAUGGCAUCCAGCAGCCCGUAACUAAAAUACAACACAAAUGGGCCCGCAAAUUCACCGCCGUCCCUAAAAUCCAACCUCUGUUCCGGCAAGUCAACACGGCUAUAAUCGAGCUGCUUCACGAGCCCACCACUCCAAAUGGCCGUCCCAAAUACAGCCACAAGCCCAACACCAAAAAGCCCACGAGCCCGUCUACUCUUGAAACUAAAAUCCAUCACAAAACCGAUAAACACAGAACCGAUCAUUUGUGCUCCCCAAUAGAACACGUUGUUCAAACCCCUCGUUCGAAGAUUAAACAACACGCCAUUCACAUUCGUAAAUUGAUAGCUAUCUCACGAGCCUCAACCCGAAUGCUCGAGUAUUUGAUGUUCGUGCAGCGUGACCCGUCUUCCCGUAAGACCCGACCCGGAUGGAGAAUUGAGAGGGAAAGAACAGUUCCGAUUGACAUGAAAGCCAUGAAGCCUAUAUAA